GUAAUACAGGAAUUAUACCUUAGAUAGCGUAAGGAAACCCUUGCCAUCAUGCUAACCCCAAUCUCUCCUUCGGUUCUUUCAUCAUUUUAGCUCUGCUCGCUGCUGCUGCUGCUAACAGUUGCCUCUCUCUUUUAUCUCUUCAAGAAAUCUAAUCUCACAAAUGAAUAGAGAGAAGCUUAUGAAGAUGGCUGGUUCUGUUCGAACCGGUGGCAAGGGAACCAUGAGAAGAAAGAAGAAGGCAGUGCACAAGCCAUCAACAACUGAUGACAAGAAGCUGCAAAGUACUUUGAAGAGAAUUGGGGUUAAUACAAUUCCAGCUAUUGAAGAAGUGAACAUCUUUAAGGAUGAUUUGGUUAUUCAGUUUGUUAAUCCUAAAGUUCAAGCCUCUAUUCCUGCUAACACUUGGGUUAUUUCUGGCACUCCUCAAACCAGAAAACUGCAAGAUAUUCUUCCAGGAAUCAUCAACCAACUUGGGCCAGAUAACUUGGACAACCUCAGGAAGUUAGCAGAACAGUUUCAAAAGGAGAUGCCAGCUGGUGAGGCAGGUGCUGCACAAGAAGAUGAUGAUGUCCCAGAUCUUGUGGCUGGUGAGACCUUUGAAGCUGUUGCUGAAGAGGGUCAGAAGUAGCCGGGCUUUAAGUGAUCUGUUUUGGUUUUUUUUGUACUGGACCAACUUCUACCCAGGGUUCCCUUCUCUUUUAUGGUCUUUUUACAGUUUUGUAGUGUUUCAUGAACAGCUUGUGACAGGGAAAACAAAUAUGUUAUGAAACCAGAUGAUGUUGAUGUCUAAGAUCUUGCCAAGAAAUUUUAAAUCUUUGGUCCA